AUGGGGAAAGUAAGAAAACGUAAACAAAAUAAAGGGUCAAACGAUGUAGUUUCAAGCAAUGUAGAUGAAGAAGAAUUGAUUGUAGACUCCAAAGAAAAUGCAAUCCAAACAAUAAUUGAUCAACUCCAGACAGCAAAUGUUGAAGAAAAAUAUUGCGGUCUCCAAACAUUUGCAAUGUUGAUAGAAAAUCCUGAAACAUUGGAGCAGAUGAUCAAUCGUGGCUUGUUAAAAAUAGUAGGACCUCUUUUAAUUGAUCAAGCUGCUCCAGUAAGAAAUGCUGCUGCUGGUUCUCUCAGAAAUGUUUCUGCUAUUCAUUCUGAUUUAUGUGAUAUAUUAAUGGAGCACGACAUUAUGACACCUUUAAUAUGCUACUUUCAUCAGUAUACUGAAUUCAGGACUCCGGACCCAAGCUCUAACACUACAGACGAAGAUAUUGAUACUUUUAUUCAAUGUACAAAUCUCCUAUUAAAUAUCUGUGAAAGUUCAGGUUUGGCUGUAAAAUAUCUUGGAAACUCUAAAGUAUUGGACUCUAUUUUUCCAAGGUAUUUAGACCUGCCGACUUUUGGGCCCGAUGUAGUUACUGCUGUAUUACAGUGUUUAUUUGUUGUACUUGAAGAAAACCCUGUAGGGAUUGCAAAAAUAAAGACUUCCUCAGAACAACAGUUAAAAGAACUGUUAUUUUUAGAAAAUAUAAUGAAUCAAAUCCUGGGAACACUAGCUAAAACUUUGUCAGUUGAUCAUAGACUGGCUUCAAACCAACUAUCAAGUAAUGUGCCAUUGGGUGAUGCAGCAGGAAAGGUUGAAGUACCAAAAGGAAAAGAAGGUCUACAGCUGCAGAAGCAAAUUAAGUCUGUUAUGCAAAUAUUGGAUGCACAGCAAAAUGCACUUGAAAUAAUUGCCAAUAUCUGUUCUUGUGAAAUUGAAGAGAGUACAUCAGAUGAGCCUGUGUCAUCAGAGAGUGAUGAAGCAGAUGAAGAGAUGUGUACUAGCAGUGCAGAAACACAAAGUAGUACACCUGAAGCAGUGCUCUCUGAAGAUGUACUACCACCAGUUAUAUUGGAGGCCUUUAUUUCUUUAGAGAUAUAUGACAAAGUGUGGGCUCGUACACAAAUGCCACCAGAAAAUGUGCUUUUAAUAUUAAAAGAGUAUGAAGGAUCACAAUUAAUUUAUAAAAAAUUAGUCAAUCUUCAAACUAAAGCCUUACUUUGCAUUAAUAAUUUACUAUUAUCUCUACCUUUAGAGAACCUUGGUGGUAUAAAUGGCGUUUAUAAAAUUUGGGUCGAGGCAGGAAAAAUGGCAUUCAAACAAAAUUCAGAAAAUUUAAAUCUCUUAGAAGCAGCAACAUCUGCCAUGAGAGCUGGACUAGAUAAAAUAAAAUUAAAAAUCAAUGAAAACUUAAGUGAAACUAACCUCUUUCAUGAAUUGGCUCUAUCAGAUAUUGAGAUUAUGUUAACUGGAAUACGAGAGUGCCAAGUGGCUGAGAUACGGUCAAAUCUUAUCAGAAUGAUUGGAAGUUUAGCACUUUUGUUGGUUAGCAAAUUGAAUGACACCACAACAAAUGUUAUUUGCACGAUUACUGAGUUCAUACUAGAUCAAGCGCACAAAGAAAAUGAAGUAUGGGUCUUAGCAGAAGCAAUUGACACUUUAGUAGAUUUAUAUGCUGAAGAUGACACUGAUGUGUUGGCGGUAAGAGUGAAACUCAUGGAUAAGUUAAAAAUUUUGGCACCAAUAUUAAAGAACAAGGCACGACAGCAAAAUAAACUUCCAAAAGAAUAUAGAGUGUUGGUGAAUACUGCUACUUCAAAUUUGCCAAGAUUUAUAAAAUAUAAAAAGCAACGACUUGCUGCUCUAAAG